AUGGUUCCUCCCCUCCCACCCGAGAACGUCAAAGAAAUAUUUGAAUAUUUACAGGAUGAUUUGGGUUCAUUAUAUUCCUGUAUGUUUGUAAACAGACAGUGGGCUCAGGUGGCCGUAGAGAUCUUAUGGAGGGAUACAAUGAAAUUCCGUGAUCUUUGUUACUCCACUCAACAUGUAUUAAAAAUACUUUCCACGCUAAUUUCUUGUCUACCAAAAGAAUCUAAGGAUAUAUUGAGAGGUCGGGGGAUAAAGAUACCGAUAACUGCAAGGCCCCCUUCUUUUGAUUAUGCCGGAAUGUGUCGGUAUCUUGAAUUCACUCACAUCAAUAACAUGAUAGAUUCCAUGGUAUCGUCCACCAAAUUGCCCGAUGGAAAUAAAAAAUGCAAUAAGAAGUUAAUACCCGGGACGAUGGAAUAUUGCAAAUCCGGGACGAUGCAUAAAUACACAAAGUAUCUCAUAAAGCAAGAGCUCUACAAAAUGUUCAUUAGUCGAUGUAGUACUUUGAAGAAACUUGAGUACCGGGAUAAAGAUAUUCUACUCCCAUGCUUCCGAAAUGCCGAGAUUUGUCUGUCAAAUCUAUGCGAAUUACAUUGCAACUCCUCAUUACCAUCCGGAACUUUUUAUCAGAUGUCAUUGAUUUGCAAGAACCUUGCGAAGAUAAUCAUCGACGACUGCACUUCUGACAAUGAGGGGUUGGCCACGCUGAUCAAAGUUCAAAAUAACCUAAAGUCUGUGAAAAUAAUCGUCAAAGGGAACGCUUUGUGUAAAGGAAAGUUGUUCAGUCCCGGUAGAUUUAAUAGGUAUGAUGUUAACUGUAGAUAUACAAAUAUAGCCGAUGCCAUCUCCUUUCAAUCAAAAAGCCUAACCCAUUUUCACAUUGGAGGAAAAUUAUUAAAGGCCAUACCCCCAGAAAAUAUUUCGUCUUUGGUUAACCUACAAUCACUUUCCAUCACAUUUCAUGACGACAUUGAGAACAUUCUAACGUGUUCAACUUUUCCAAAACUCAAAGUGCUGGAAUUGAAAUUGUUGCCCAUGUUAGAUCACCUGAUUCAAUUUAUCUCAAGAACCGAGGGACACCUUGAGAUCAUUCACUUUGAGGUCCCCUGUGUCUAUCCAUUUUAUCAAAUUCCUCUGUUUAAUCAGACGGUGGUGAAGUGCUGUCCGAACAUAAGAUAUCUAAACACUUGGUUUUACGGUGAGGAUGUGAGUGAUUUCAAAAAGUUAUUAAUAGGGUGUCGGAACUUGGAAGCCAUAUCGAUAGCGACCUAUAGGUAUGAUGAUGAAACUUACGAAGCACACAUUAAUGAAUUCCUCGAGAUCUUGGAGGUGUUGGAAAUUGAUUUAAAAUUGAGAUUAAAGCUUUGCAAGAUUGAAUUCUAUUAUUCGUGGGGAAUCGAUAUAGAUGUGUUGGAAGUGUUCUUGAGAAAGAGGAAAGAGAGAAACCAGGAUUUAGAAAAACAUCUUCAGCAACCCUUAUUAUCAUUCUAUUUUCACAAUUCGUUUCUUAAAUCUGACAUUGAUUUUUCCGAAUACAUGGAGUUGAAGUUUAAACAAUUUAAAAAAGAAUGUUUAAUCAAAGAUUUUGGGAUUAAGAAAUAUGACGAUUUUCGAUAG